AUGCUCUCCUUCUUACUGCUAUUCAUCGCUGGCUUAGUUACAGCAGUUAUCAAGGUAAAUACGACCACAAAAAUGUUUCAAGAUGACUAUGGAAGAUCAGUAAUAUUCCAUGGAGUCAAUGUUGUAGUAAAAUCAGCUCCAUAUAUCCCGAUAACCACCAGCUUCGACCCACAAAUGUCUUUAUGUCCUCAAGAUAUCCAAAACUUAGCUAACUGGGGCUUUAAUUUUGUUAGGCUUGGUGUCAUGUGGCAAGCUGUUGAAACAAGCCCAGGAGUUUACAAUACAACUUAUUUGCAACUAGUCAAUAAUUUGGUAAAUCAAUUAGGAGCUGCAGGGUUAUAUACGCUUGUUGACGCCCAUCAAGAUGUUUUUGCAAGGAGAAUCUGUGGGGAAGGAGUUCCAGAUUUUUAUGCUCAAAAUUUAAGUGAUACAUGUGGUGAACUUUCUCCUGUACUAGAAGGAUUUGGGGCAUGCACUCCUAUGUCUAAGUUCAAUUUUACUUAUGAUUCUAAUGGGGAUCCUUUAAUUUCAGACUGCCUUACUCAUCUGUUUGCAGAAUACUAUGCAACCCCUCAAGCAAUGGAUGCUUUCAAUAGACUUUAUAAAAAUAUCAAUGGGCUACAAGACAAAUUCCUUGCUUAUUGGGGCGUUGUUUCCCAAUAUUUCGUUAAUAAUAACUAUGUAGUCGGCUAUGAUCCAAUAAACGAGCCUUUAGCAGCAGACAUGUACACCGAGCCAACUUAUGCAGUUCCAGGAGUUUUUGAUAAAGAAGGCCUUCAGCCACUCUAUCAAAAAGUGAAUAACGUCGUCAGAAAAUAUGACUCAAACAAGAUCCUCUUUUUUGAGCCUGUUCAAUCAGAUUUAUUACCUAUCUUAGGUGGAAUAGUUUUUAAUGCAGGAUUUAACGAAACCCCUGGCGGUCCAAGUCUCAAUUAUGCCCAAGUUUUAAAUGACCAUUUAUAUUGCUGUGACAUGGAAAAUGAAAAAUGUACCGCAAAUGGUGGAGACCCUCCAGCAUCAACUAAAUUGUUAUGUGAAAGAUAUAAUUAAAAUAUGGCGUCUUCGUCUGGGUAUGGCCUCCCAGCCAUACAUACUCGACUCAUAUUUUAAUUAUAUACGGCAAGGUUUUGCCAUUCAGGAAAUGAGCAGCAAUGCCAAGGUAAGCAAUUCUGCAGAGCAGAGUCUGGCCCAUGCUCAACGACCAGAAUGGAUUUUCUCCUCGAGAGGAAAGGGAGUCCAGGCUUGGAAAGGGUAAGCCCAGCAGAGUCUACAGGCAACGCCUAGACCAUUCGGGCAAGUACCUAGCGUGAAACUGGGCGUUACGUCCCAGGACUUGGAAUUUCCCUUUUUGCUGAAAGGUGACCAGAAAUUCUAUUUUUUGGAAUUUCGGAAAGCCAACUCUCGUCAACUCAAGCAUCAGCCGCAGAAAUCUAUAGCCCGCCCACUCAGCACUUAAGCUGCGGGAUUCCGAGGGAAGGAGGAGGUAUAUAUCUCCUUGCUGGUCUCUAUGGCCAGUUGAGACUAUACCGCAAAGCAGGUGAACCCUAAUAUUGGGUCCUUGGUGACUGCGUUAACAAUACGGCAGACGCCUAUUAAUGUAUAAGUAAGUAAGUUAUGUGAAAGAUUCCAUGACCAAAAAGUAAAAUUAAGAAGAGAAGAUGCUAACAACCUAGGAAUAGGGCUGAUGAUAACAGAAUUUGGGGCUUGCUCAAAUAGGACUGAUUGUCCUAUUGAAAUAAAUUCAGUGACCAAUGCUUGUGAUAAGUAUUUAACUGGAUGGUCUUAUUGGAUGUUUAAAGGAUUUGGAGAUUACACGACAAGUGGAAAUUUGGAAGAAGGGCUUUAUGAUGGGGAUGGAAACUUGCAAACUAUGAAAUUGAAAGCGCUGGAAAGAACUUAUGUGCCUUAUUAUCAGGGUGUUCCAACAAAAAUAUAUUUCAUUGAUACUACAGGGUAUUUCUCAACCACAUUUGAGUUAUCACCUAAUGUGAGUGCUCCAACAGUGCUUUUCUUGAAUGCAGCACUUGUUUAUCCUAAUGGAUACACUCUUACAGUUUCUAAUACACUGGAUUUGAAGCCUCAAAUCACGAGCAAAGGAAACUUCAUUAACAUUUUGUUCCCGAAUCCAGUAGCCUCCACAACAACUAUUAUCAUAACUCCAAAAGCAAAAUAA